AUGACGGGAUUGCCUGAUAUUGCAAUCAUCAUCGAUCAGCAAGAAGAAUAUACGGCUCUUCGAGAAUGUAUAACUUUGGGAAUUCCAACCAUUUCUUUAAUCGAUACAAAUUGUAAUCCCGAUCUCGCGGAUAUUUCUAUUCCAGCAAAUGAUGACGCUAUAGCUUCAAUUCGAUUCAUUCUUAACAAAUUAGUAUUCGCAAUUU